GUUAAAAAUCCCCAUAAAAUAAUUCAAAUUGUUUAAUAACAAACAUGCAUAUGCCACCGUCCGUCACGCUGGGCUGCGCCGGCGCACCAGCACUGAGCACGCCAGUCACCUGUCAACCCGCGCUCUGCUCGCACGCACCGCGUCCGUCCCAACUCAAACACAUACGAAACGAAACGAACGUUCACUAACACGACUAAUUACUAACCAGUGAUUUGAAAAAAUAAUUGUGGUUGCGAGCGAUGAUAAAAUUACGCCUGUGAAGGCGAGAACGAAUCGAAAAUGUCAAUGUACAGAUUCGUAAAAGAAGGAGGCAGCAGCAAGCGCCUCUUUGUGCAAGGGACGCUCGAGAACGAAGAUUCGAAGCCUUUGAAGUCCAGCCUGAAGAAAUCGACACCGUCUCCCGUCGGCUCCCCCAUCACCACCAGCCUCAACUUGGCUUCCGUACCGAGGAGUCUCAGGGAGGGAUUAACAAAACACGAGACGGUGUACGAUGGUAACUACCCGGGCAUGGAAAGGACGUCGAGCUACCGAUCCGGAUCGUACCGCGAGGAGAGCUACAAUGGACGGAUAGUCCACGACGGGAACCAGACUCACUUUGAGUAUGACGCGGCCGACGGCGCGCUGGCCGUGCCUUCCUCGGCCGGCGGCUACGGGGUGUCGGAACUGCAGGCGAUUCACACGAACAAAAGAUUGUCGACCGAGAUACUAGGCUCUUCGCUAGAGUCGACGAAGAUCUCGAAGAAAAACGACAGCGGCCAGAGGCGAAUCACGACCAGAAUCGUGAAAAAGGUUACCACCCUCUCGCGAGGGGAGGAGAAAGCCUCGACCGAAGACUUGACGCGCCGCGGAGAGGCGCGCGAGGUGCACAGGUCCGCCGAGCACUACAGGCAUGUGGAGAUGGAAGCGACUCAUCCGCGAAGAGUGAAGAUCUCUGACAUCGUGGUGGGCCAAGAGCCAAACGUGACAGCCCGCGAGGCGCUGCUGAGCUGGGCACGGCGGUCGACGGCCAAGUACCCCGGCGUGCGGGUCACGGACUUCACGUCCUCCUGGCGGGACGGGCUCGCCUUCAACGCGCUCAUACACAGGAACCGGCCUGAUCUGAUAGACUGGCGUAAUAUCAGGUCAAGGCAGGUCCGCGAGCGAUUGGAGACAGCAUUCCACGUGGUCGAAAAGGAGUAUGGAGUCACCAGGCUACUUGAUCCCGAAGAUGUGGACACCCACGAGCCGGACGAGAAGUCCCUCAUCACGUACAUCUCGUCGCUGUACGAGACGUUCCCCGAGCCGGCGGCCGUGCACCCGCUGUUCGACGCGGAGUCGCAGCGCCGCGCCGCCGCCUACACCGAGCAGGCGGCCUCGCACCGCGCCUGGCUGCACGAGAACAUUGCGUUACUGCAGGACCGUGCUUUCCCGUCAACUUUGAUCGAGAUGAAGAAGCUGCUCAGCGAGAGCACGCGGUUCCGCAGCGAAGAGGUACCCAUCAGGCAGCGGGAGAAGCAGAAGUUGUUCCACCAGUAUAGGGAGUUAGAGAAAUAUUUCGAAUCUGUGGGAGAAUGCGACAUAGAGCCGACGCUCCGGCCGGAGGCGCUGGAGCAGGCUUGGGCGCGGCUGCUGAUGGCGCAGCAGGAGCGCGAGCGCGACCUCGCCGACGAGAUCCGCCGCCUCGAGCGCCUGCAGCGCCGGGCGGAGAAGCUGCACAGAGACAUAAAACAAACAGAGUCCGGCCUCGACAGCGUCGAGCGUCACAUCGAGAACGAGAUCCGGCGCGUGGAGCGCGGCGUGCACCCCGCCGAGGCCAAGAUGGCGGCCGAGCAGAUCGAGCAAGAACUUAGGACCAUGGAGAACACCAUCCACGAGAUGUUCCAGGACGCGCAGGCGCUCAAGGAGGGACGGUACCCUCAGGCCUCGGAUCUACAGCGACGCGUCCAACAAAUCCACGACCGCUGGCUGAGCGCGCGACAAGCGUUCACCGGCCGCCUUCUACCGCGACUAUCGUCCGUGCGACUACCCGUCCAGCAGACCACCGUCCGGCGCGAGACGCGCACCGUGCUGGAGACGCGCGUCCACGACGCAGAUCCGCUGUUCCAGCAGCUGCAGGACGCCACAAAGUGGUGCAAGGACCGCCUGAAGAAACUCCACGAAGCAGAGUACGGGUCGGACCUGCCCGGCGUGCAGCACGAGCUCGACAAGCACCAGCGCGAGCACAAGACCAUCGACCAGUUCCAUUCCAAGGUGGAGCAGUGCGUGCACCACCGCGCCAACUUCUCCGGCGAGGAGCUCACGCUCUACAACCAGCAUCUCAACCAGCUGCAGAAGCUCUACGCUGAGCUGCUCUCUACCAGCACCAAGCGUAUGUCGGACCUGGACGCGCUGCAGGAGUUCCUGCAGAGCGCCACGGCCGAGCUGAACUGGCUCAACGAGAAGGAGCAGGUGGAGCUGUCCCGUGACUGGGCCGACCCGCACAUCAACCUGCCCGCCGUGCAGCAUUACUAUGAGCAACUGAUGUCAUCGCUGGAGAAGAGAGAGCUCCAGUUCAGUAACGUGAUCGACCGCGGAGAGGCGUUGAUCGCUCAACACCAUCCGGCGACGAAAACGAUCGAAGCGCACUUGCAGGUGAUGCAGUCGCAGUGGGCGUGGGUGCUGCAGUUGACGCUGUGUCUCGAGACUCAUUUGAAGCAUACCACCCAGUACCACAACUUCUUCGAGGAGGUCAAGGAGGCCGAGAAAUGGAUACAGAAACGCGAAGAAGCUCUAAACUCGACGUUCUCCCAGUCAGAGUUCACCCUCGACCAGGGCGAGCGUCUACUCAAGGGCAUGCAGGAGCUCCGUGAGGAGCUGAACUCUCACGGCGGCCUCGUGUCUCGGCUGGUGGAAGAGGCCCAGGCCGUGAGGCCGGUGAAACAACGGCGGGCGCCUAUCACGAGGCCGCUCAGGGCCGAGACUGUGUGCGCUUAUAAACAUGCUAAUAUCGCGAUCGAGAAGGGGUCGGCCGUGACGGUGGUGGACAACUCGGGGCGGUCGCGCUGGCUGGUGCGGCUGGGCGGCGCGGGCAGCGAGGCGCAGCUGCCGGGCGCCGUGGUGGCGCUGCCGCCGCCGUGCGCGCGCGCCACCGACGCCGCGCAGCACCUCCGCAACGCCUACGACAGGGUGAUCCAGCUGUGGCAGCGGAAACAACUGCGCAUGCGGCAAAACAUGAUCUUCGCCACCAUCAAGGUGGUCAAGGGCUGGGACUUCCCGCAGUUCGUGGCCAUGGGCGCGGAGCAGCGGCAGGCGAUCCGUCGCGCGCUGAACGAGGACGCGGAGAAGCUGCUGGGCGAGGGCGACCCCGCCGACCCGCAGCUGCGCCGUCUGCGCCGCGAGAUCGACGACGUCAACCGCCUGUUCGACGAGUUCGAGCGCCGCGCCAGGGCCGAAGAGGAGAGCAAGAAUGCCGCGCGCAUCUUCACAGAACAAUCAUCCUCGCUGCUGGAGCGGCUGGAGGUGCUGGAGCGGCAGCUGCACGAGCGCAUCGCGAGCCACAUCCCGCGCGACCUCGACUCGCUCGAGCACCUCGUGCUGCAGCACAAAGACUGGGAGAGCUCCGUGCACGCGCUCACCAGCCACGUCGAGGAGGUGCAGGCCACCUUCAGAGGCAUUGCCCUAAAGACACCGGCCAUGAAGAAGAACCUCGACAAGGUCAUGGGGAAAUGGAACGACAUGCAGUCCAAGAGCCAAUUGUUCGUCGAAAGGCUGAAGUACGUAGAAAUCGUGGUAAACAGCAUGGAAGAGAACCACCAGAGCAUCACCGAAUUCGAAAUCAAGCUCGCGCAGUUCAACGACUUACCCAACGACAUCGAACUGCUGAAAGAUAUGCACGAGGAUCUGCUCCGCAUGCAAGUGGCGGUGAGCAAGCAGCAGGUCCAGGUGGAGCAGAUGAACGAGGACGCGGAGAACUGCCGCCGGCUGGUGGCGAGCUCGCGCGGCGCGCUGCCGCACGCGUCGCUGCCGCGCGCCGGCCAGCACGCCGACCUCGAGCGCCUCGACAAGGAGGUCGCGCAGCUCAACACCCGGUGGAACAACGUGUGCCAGCAGCUCGCUGAGCGCCUCCGAAGCUGCGAGGCCGCAUACCAACUCCUGCGCAACUACAACGCCGGGCUCGAGAAGGAAGCCGAAUGGAUCGACGACUCGUUCGGCAAGCUGCAGGCGCAGCCGCCCAUCGAGGUGCGCCCCAAGGAACAGUUCGAGCCCACCAGGAAUCUACUGACCAGUGUUGUGGAGAGAACGCCAAAGAUAGAGAAGGUUAACGUUGACGGUGGCAGAUUCAUAAGAGAGGCGAAGAUCCACUCAUCGAGAUGCCAGCGUUACGCCGAAUGGCUCUGCGACGAGGUGCACCCCUCGCUCGACAUGAAGCAAGUCAAGCGGCAGGCCGAGCUCGACCAGGCCGAGAGACACCGCAGCAGGAACAAGCCCGCACCCGAGCAGAGCGGAGCGGAGAACGUGGCCAGGGAACUGGAUGACCUGAACGCGAAGCACCAAAGACUGUUGGACAUGCUAUAUGAAAGAUUAAGGAGGAUCGCCGCCGCCAACCCUGGAGACAUUGUCACAUUGCGUCUCGUGGAGGCGAUGGCGCCGCGCUCCGCGCGCUCCUUCCGCCAGGAGUUCAAUAUGCAGGACCUGGCCACCUCCACCGAGCACACCUACACCUCCACAUACACUUCCGAACAAUACGUCAGGACGUCGCAUUCGACAGAGCUAGACGGGCACACGCCCAUAUCUAACGGCAAACUAGUCUCGCCCAACUACACAACCAAAACUAUCAUCGAAGACGACAGACCUGACAUAAGGAAUCUCAAACGAGUACACAAAAUGUACGAAGGGCCUAACAUAAUAGAGUCCAGAGGUAUCGUCCACCCAGAGACGAAAGAAAUACUCACAGUCGGACAAGCUAUAAACAUGAGGAUACUCGAUGUUCGGACGGGCAGAUUACUAUCAUCGCCCGAAACGAGACAAACUAUGACAAUAGAGCAAGCAGCGAAGCAAGGGCUCAUAGAUCCCAAACUCGCUGCGAGGUUAACAGGACCUUGUGGAGUAACAGAAGACGGAAACGAAGUUACCUUACUGGAAGCUAUCCAGAGCGAACUGUACGACGCCGAACAAGGACUGGCGGACCCAGCGGAAAAGAGAAUAAAGGUAACAGUUCAAGGGGAUACACCGAGCACACAAGGAAUGAGUAUCUCCGACGCCCUCAACAGGGGACAAGUCGAUCUACAGAACGGUCUCUACAGACUGCCCAAUGGCAGCUACAUUACCAUCGCCGAAGCGUACCAGAGGGGUUACCUCAUCUACAAUGAGAUUAUCAAAAUAAAGCCUAGCGUUCUGUCUUUAUCUGACGCGAUUAACCAAGACCUGGUUGACAACAACGGUUGGAUUUUGGACAGAAAUUCGGGCGACAAGUUCCAGUUAGAUGUCGCCAUCAAAAAUGAAUUAAUCAACCCCAACGUUAGGGAAAUCGUUGAUCCUAAAAAUGACGUAAAAAUAACGCUUGCUGAAGCGAUAGAGAGAAAUAUUAUAAACACGAAACAUUCGAAAUACGUAAACAAUGUAACUAAAGAAAAGCUCUCUUUCAAAGACGCGGCAAAUAAGCGCUUAAUUUGCAAACCCAUGACACUUAAAGACGCUUGUGACCAUAAUUUAAUGACAAAUGACGGGAAAAUUCUUUCGCCGGCCAAAAGGAAACCUUUAAACAUUUUGGAAUCUAUUUCAGUAGGUGUAUUAGAUAGCGAUAACGUAAAAUGUGUAACAGAUACUAAAUCUGCUCAGUUACUGACCUUGUCGGAAGCCCUAGGCGCGUUCAUCAUUCAACCCGAUAGCAAGUUCCGAGACAAUCUGACAGGAGAGAUCUGCUCCAUUCCUGAUGCAGUCGACCGCGGUUUGAUCACGUCUGUGUCCCAAAGGUCUAUCUUCGACAUCGACGGUUUCAGAGACCCAAAAACAGGCGAAUUUGUCUCAUUCAAUACUGCCAUGAGCCGUGGCAACCUUAAGUAUGUCAACGGCGAAACAUUCGUUAAAUCGGAAAGCGGCGAUUUCGUUUACCUAGAGGACUGCUCGAAAGUAUCCAUUGUUAGGCCUGAAGUAUUAGAAAUGUUUAAUCGCAAGAUAGGUAUUUACGAGAACGGAAAAGAGCUCAGUGUUCUAGACGCAGUGUUUAAAAAUAUUCUAGACCCUAAAACAGGUUAUUUGCUCGAUGCCACUACCAAAAGACCCAUUCCUUUCAAUCAAGCCGUCGAAAUUAACAUGAUUACUCCCGAAGGAGCGGCAUUGUUGAAUUCUCUCCUUAACAUUACUCUUACGUUGCAAACUGUUACAAAAACCGUCAAAAGAUACGUCACGGUUACCAAUACCAACACCUCACAAAGAUCUGAAACAAUUAUUACUUUCGCGGAGGCCGUAAGACGAGGUCUCAUUGACGAAACCACCCAGACGUUCACAGACCCGCUUACCGGUACCGUCCUCCCCAUACAACAAGCUUUGGAUGAAGGUUUAUUAGGCGUAGAGAAGAACGAGCCCCGCGUCAUCCAAUUACAGGAUCGUAUUAAUAAGAAAGACCUAGCGCCGGGGCAAGUAGUUGAAUUUAAAAUUACGAAAAAAUCUUAUAUCCAAGACUUGCCGGUUAGUCCUGAGAGCAAAGUUCAAGGUGACUCUCAACCUGAAACCGUCAAGAGUCCCGACCACAUAGUCCGUGAAACCGUUCAUCCAUCGAACAUCACAAUGCACGAAAUUAGAUCAUCAAAGUCAAUUGUGACAGAGCCGACAGUAACUUCUAUGACUAUCAAGAAAAAUACGAUUGAGCUACCUCGUGGUGGCUGGUCCCUCAAAGACGCGAUAGAUCAGCGUUUGUUUGACCCUGAAUCGGGAACGUUUACUAUUCCAGGAACUGACAGAGUCCUCGACUUUGAAGAGGCAUUAAAACUAAACAUUAUCAACCCUGAUUCUGCCAUGGCAAUCGACCCUAAAACAAAGAAACAAAUCCCUCUAGAUAAAGCUCUCGAAUUCCGUGUACUCGAUAACACCGGACGAUACAAGCAAAUUUCGGGAACACUUAGUAUGAAACUAGCAAUUGAAAGGAAACUAAUAAUCUUUUUGCAAUCUUCUAUAUCUAUGUCCUCGCAGAAAAUUAUAACUAUCACGUCAGUAGCCGGUAUGCCUGACAAAAUGGAAAUUUCAGAAGCACGCGACUCUGCUUCACCUUAUGACGUAACCAAAGAAGAUCAGUCUGCGCUUGAACCUGUUCAAGUAACCUCUGGUGUUAUCUUUGACCCAGCUACUGCUUUAGCCAUAUCAACCUCGUCAGGUAUUUCAGAAAACGUUUUAGAAGCCGUCGAUAGAGGUGUAGUACCAGCAAAUACAGUUAAGGUCAUUGAGCCUCAAACAGGCAUCCCUAUAACGCUUAACCAAGCGAUAGAACGAGGUAUUAUUGAUAAGAAAACAGGGGAAUAUAAAGAUAAAUCUGGUAAGAAAAUGAGCCUUACGAAAGCCGCUCAGAUAGGAUUGAUUGCUGUGGUCGGAGCACCAUUGGUAGGCGCGUCUAAAAUUAUUCAAGUCGUUACAAGCACUAUGGUUGUAGAUCCGCGUACUGGACAGAAAGUGCCAAUGGAAGUAGCAUACGAAAGAGGUUUGGUCGAUGCGGCUACUUUUAAGAAAUACGAGGAAUCAUUAAGAGAUAAGACACCUGACAGUGACUCUACUGAUAAUGCCCAUAGGGUGCCAAGCUCUAGCACAACAAAAGUUUCUCAAACUACAGGUAAACAAAUUUCUGUAGGAGCUGCCGUGUCGGAAGGCUUUAUUACAGUAGAAACUAUUCAGAACAGUCUCUCAGCCGAUACUAGACGUGUUACUGAGCUACCUGCCGACAAGCAUAAAUCACUUCAUCCCGCGGAUGUAAUUCAAGUAGGUAAAGUUACACAAAAACCAAAGUACUGCGUCAAUGUAGCUAAGGAAAACAUAGUUGAACAGUUUGAAACAAAGCCAAUUGUAUUACAAAAGCUUAGAAAACAAGUAGUUACGCCUUUAGAAGCGGUUGAUAAAGGUCUUAUUGACAAAGAAACAGCUACCAUUUUGGAAGCUAUCAAAGUUUACAAGGAUGAAAGUGGGUCACCUAUAACCCUUGAUAAAGCCAUCCAAAAGGGCUUAGUAAAUGAAAACACCGGUAAAAUCAUAGAUCCCCUACAUGGUGAUGCUGUCACUAUUAAAGAAGCCCUGAAAAGAGGUUUGUUAGACGGAGAUGGUCAAGACGAGAUUCUGAUUCCCCUGGCCAAGAGUUUAUCUAUCCCUGAAGUCUUAGACCAAGGAUUAUUAAAUCCUGCUACUGGAAAAAUAAUCCACCCAGAAACCGGUAGCCAAUUGACACUACGAGAAGCAAUUAUUUGCGAAAUAGUUGAUCCUCUUUCAAUGUUGACCAUUUCUCCAGGCAGAAAAAUAACAUUAGCCGAAGCUAUUGAAAGGAACAUCAUUGAUAACGACAAAAACAUCCUUAAAACUAACGAAGGUUCACUAGAUUUAGUCACGGCCGUCAAUGCAGGUGUAUUUCCAGAGCCUAAGACUGUGAAGUCAUCCGAAAAUAUUCCACCUGCUGCCAUGACGCUCUCGGUUGCUAUUAAACAAAACUUUAUUAAUCCUAAAACGGGUGAGAUCAAGCAUCCUCUAACAGGAAAAAUAAUACCUGUUCAGGAAGCUGUUAAGAGGGACCUCAUAAUGGCUAUACCGUACCCCCAAUCGGAGGAAACUAUAACACUGGAAGAAGCUUUAAAUAUAGGGACAGUCAAUUUGAAAGACGCCACUUUCACAGAUCCAAAAACAAAGGAAAUUAUUCCGUUAGAUAAGGCAAUGGAACAAGGUCUUCUGGCAGUCAAGCCGAAUACAGAAAUAAUGGGAGGCGUAGUUACAACAAUUACUGAAACCUUUACGUCUCAACAUACAAUAACAACAAAAAUGAUUGAACUUUUAGCCGAUUACGUGCUGGUUAAUGCCAACGAAGUACAGAAUACUAAGACUGGAGAAGUCAUCGCAAUUGAAGAGGCACGAGAUAAAGGCAUAGUCAGAGACGAACAGGUUAGCAAAGAACAAUUUACAACCAGUGACACGAACAUUAGCUUCGAAGAUGCGCUCACUCACGGGUACAUUAACAUUGAGCAAGGUACGUUCACUCAUCCAAAUACUGGAGAAACCAUACCUAUUGCUGAAGCUGUAAGCACUGGGUUAUUAAAUACUGAGGUACCUAAAGAAGUAACUGAACCCAAACAGAAAAGCGAAAUGGAAAUGCUUGACUUAAAUGAAGCAUUCGAUCUUCUGUACGACGAAAGAUCACAGAAGUUUAGAGAUCCCAAAUCUCCAAACAAAACUAUCACGUUUAAGGAGGCUUUGGACAAGAAAAUUAUUAACCCUGACUCCGUAAUUUACAACAUUGAAGCUGGGCAGCCAGUUACUUUAAGAGAUGCCGUAGACUCUGGUCUGAUCGACAAGAAGACAGGUAAAUUAAAGGAACCGAAAACCGGAAAGUCAAUCGACGUUAAAAACGCGGCCAAAAUGGGCUUAGUUGCCGUAGUUGCCGCUCCAGUACUUGCUGGUAUGGCCGUGGUUCAAGGAGCAAAGUUGUUAACAAGUAAAUUUAUGAAACCAAAACAAGAAACCGCCCACGCGACAGAAAGGCAAGACCGUGUUAUCACUGAGAAGUCCCUCAAAACAGUAGACAUACGUAAAAUAGAAGAGCCAAAGAAAUCUGUUGUCGAACAACACGAAGUGGCUCCUAAGCCAGCAGCUGUACCAGCCAAACUUUCUCAAUCAAGGGAAGUCACUGUAGAUAUUAAGCCGGUAACAAGUCAAACAAUUGUAAUAGAAAAGAAAACUGAAGUAGAACCCAAGACUACCAAAGCUCCUUUAAGCAAGAAAGACGAGCCUAUGACACAGUUCCAAAAAGAAUCCAGUAUUGUAGAAACUAAAAAGUUAGAAGAAAUACUAACAGUAACUAAGACUGCUGAUACUGAACCCGCUCAGAAAAAGUCAAAGGAAAAGAAAUCAAAAGAAACUACUCCUAUUCAAGACGUUAGUCCACAAGAAACGCUUGAACAACAACAUGCCAUUUUAGAAGAAAUAAAACAGCAAAAGUUACCCAAAGAGAAUGGUAAAAAUCGUGUGACAGAAAAGACUGUCAUAGCACAUAGACAAAUGCCAGAACAUUCACACGUUGAUUCUGCUAUUCACGAAACGCCUGUUACAGAUGUAAGACCAACGCAAACACCCGGGCAGUUGAUUCCAACUGUCGAAGAAGGGCCGGUUAUACAAGAAUUCCGAAAGACGACCCCCGAAGGCGAUGAGAUAACGACUAUUGUUAAAACUGUUGUGACUACAUCUGAACCUACUGAAUACGUUACGGAACACGCCACUAGUACAGUAGUUACAAAAUCUUCUAAAGUAACAACAGUUGAAAUAACACAGAGUGAAUCAUCUUCUUAUCACGUAAUUAGUGAAGAAGUUUCUGUUCCUCCUAGUUAUUCUGAAACUACUCUUGAGAGCUACGAGACAGAAUACUCGGAAGCUCCCGAUCAGACAGAUAAAACAAUAUUAGACAACGUAGUUGUAGACAGAGUAACACCAACAAAAUCGAAACCUGUUGAAGAAUCCAAAAACCCGUCCCACAAGGAGGAAUCACCGUCUAAAGAUGAUAUUGCUCCAAAAAAGAUAAUCCAAAAAGACCAAAUCUCCUCUAAAGAAAUCACAAAAGUAGUACAAGAAGUACAGUCAGCUACACCAGUGGAGGUGGCUCCGGGCAUAGUAUAUGAUCCUAAAACAGCAGCCGUGAUUUCCACUGAAACGGGCUUACCAGAUGAUUUAUUGAAAGCUGUGGAUAAAGGAACGGUAUCCAAAGAUGCUGUUAAAAUUGUUGAUCCCAAAACAGGUAAUCAAAUUACAUUGAAGGACGCCAUUGCCAAAGGUGUAGUUAAUAAGAAAACUGGAGAAAUCAAAGAUAAAUCGGGAAAGAAAAUAAGUUUUGCAGACGCUGCAAAACUUGGCCUAGUGGCUGUUGUUGGAGCUCCAAUAUUAGCAGUUUCAAAAAUAGUAGAGGUUGUGAAAAAUACUUCUAUAUUAGAUCCUAAAACGGGUGAUAAAGUUACCGUAGAAGAAGCCCAUCGACGAGGCUUAAUUGACCCAGACACAUACAAACGCACCAUUGAAGUUGUAAAGGUUCAUACAUCACCUGCACAUGGAGUUGAAAUAAGUGAAAUUACUCCAGCUGAGGCAUUGGCUAUUGAGAACUCCUCUAAGGGACUUACAAUGAAGGAUGAAAUAGAACAAAUUUCUACUAAAACAUCAACGCGUCCAGGUGAAGUAUCUAUCACAACAACUACACAAUAUAAACCGGUAGAGUCAGUGACAACAACAUCGUCAUCAGUAGAACACAAAACUUUGGAAGUCCUGGUCACCAAACAUACAUCUAUUGAACAUGACCCUAAGACAGUAUCGGCAAUGCUUAUUGACGCUGAAAGGCAACCUCUGCGAGUCAUUGACGAAAUAACGGAACAAAAUGUCACAAAAGUUAAAUCAGAGCCAGUGCAGAUACUUUACGAAAACAUUCCAUUAAUAGACGCAAUCAUGCAAGGCAAGAUUGAGCCUAAAGUGUGUAGAAUUAUUAUUAACGGCAUUGAGUCACCUUUAACGGUACAAGACUCAUUAGAGCAGGAACAAAUUAGUAGAUUCACCCCUGUAGAUGUAGUUUCGAAAAACGUAGUUAUAGUCAGAGAGUCCAAGCCAAAAUAUAACGUGGCUAUUUCACAGAAGCUCACUCCGGAAGAGCUUUCAGAAAUGGGUGUCUACGACAUAGAAAAACAAAUAUUUUUGAAUCCCAAGACAGGUGCCAAAAUAUCUUUCGAAGAAUUAGUUUAUGGAUUGCAAAUUUUCGACCCUGAAACUAUUUUAGUCAAAGAUUUAACUUCCAAAUCAGAUAACUAUGUUCCAUUCGAUGAAGCAAUCGCACGACCAAUUAUCGAUAAAACGGCUGGUCAUAUGGUUAAUCCAAAAACUGGGAAACGCGUUUCGUUCUUAGAGUGCGUACAAGUAGGCUGGAUUGUUGAGAAACCUGAAGAUGUGUCGGUACCUGAACAACUUACUAUCGAAUCUGCUUUAGAGCAAGGAUUGUAUAAUCCUACGACCGGUGAAAUUAAGGACAUCAACACUGGUGCUUUGGUACCCAUUGGUUCAGCGAUUGAAAGCGGUCUUGUUGAUAAUGAAUCACUACUUAUUAGAGUUCCUCAUUCAAACGAAAGCAUAACCUUGUCCGAUGCCAUUGAACGCGGCAUCGUUGAAGUUCGACAUGGCGUUGUAACGAUUAUUGAAACUCAAGAAAUUAUAGAUAUAACUGUCGCCAUACAGCGAGGUUUAAUCAUCAUCUCAAGAAGACCGAUUUCAAUCGAAGCAGUUAUUGAAAAUGACAUGUAUGAACCCAAAUCUGGAAAAAUUAGAGACAUCGCAACGGAACAACUCGUUACUGUUAAAGAUGCUGUGGAUAGAAACAUAGUUCAUCCUACAAUUUCUGAAAUCAAAGACACGCAGUUAGAUAAGUUUGUACCGUUAUCUGAAGCUCUUGACAAUAAACUUAUCAAUCCUGAAACAGGUAAACUUGUAGACAAAAAGACUGGAAAACACAUUCCAUUAGAUGAUGCAUUAAAAAAGGGUUUAGUCGCCACCAAAGCGGUUACUUACUCCUUAUUCGAUGUCAUCGAGUUAGGUUAUUAUUCCCCCGAUUCGUGCCAAAUUUUAGACCCCAAAACUGGUCAUACCAUUCCUCUUAGCAAAGCGAUUACUCAAGGACUAGUUGAUCCUUCUGAUGUUAAAAUUAAAGAAGACAAAUCUGAGGCAGUUGUGCCUUUUGACCAGGCAGUUAAAUCCGGACUGAUUGACUUAGAAAAAGGAAUAAUUACAGCGCCAGUUCUAAACCUUAAAGACGCUAAUGAAAAGGGCUACCUGUUAAGUGAUAAAAAGCCGUGGACGUUGCAGGAAGGACUGGUACAAGGCUGUUACGAUCCAGAUACUGGCUUAUUAACCAUUAAUAAUGCUACUAUGACUCUCGAAGACGCUAUCAAAAUCGGAAAUAUUAACCCAGAGGCCAUGACUGUCAGAAACUCUGUAACUGGUGACAUGAUCUCACUAUCAGAUGCUAUUAAGGUAGGCAUCAUUGAUUCUAAAGAGGGUAAGGUUAUGGAUCCAAUUCAAGGAGAUAAGAUUUCUUUAACAGACGCUUCCGAACGUGGUCUAAUAGUUCCAGCCAAACGCAAAUUAAGCUUGCCUGAGGCAGUUUUUAAGGGUUAUUAUGACCCUAAAACUGGCAAGUUCUCACAUCCUCAGAGCAAAGAAAAGAUUCCAACCGAUAGAGCUAUUAAGAAACGCAUGUUAGAUCCUCAGUCCACCUUAGUUCACGCUGGUGGUAAGGUAAUUCCGUUUGAAUUUGCAGUAGACAAAGGUAUUGUAGACAGUAGGACAGGUACAAUCAUAUUAGGUGACGAAAGGAUAGAUUUCCGCGAAGCAUUUGAACGGGGCAUCUUGGUUGAAGUUAGAAAACCGCUUUCUCUUAUCGAAGCCAUCGAAAAAGGUGUUUACAAUGAAAUAACCGGUCUUUUCAUGGACCCUCAAAGCGGUAAGAAAUAUACCCUAACCGAGGCUAUUAAAUUGAAUCUAAUCGAUCCGCAUUCAGUUCAUAUACAAGAUAACAGAUUGGGCAAAUGGGACAAAAUCACAAUUCCCGAGUCACUAAAAACAGGUGUAAUUGAUGAUAAGACGGGCAAAAUAAUAAACAUUAAUGCAGAUAACGAGGAGAUUAGUCUUCGCCAAGCUUUCGAGGUAGGAUUGCUCGUUGAUAGCAAAGCUUCAAUUAGUCUACAAAGAGCAUUGCACCAAGGACUCUAUGAUGAAAGCACCGGCAAAUUCAUCGAUCCCGUUACUAGUCGCAAAAUUACCUUGCAUGAGGCACUUAGGAGGUCAAUUAUCAGUCCCAAAUAUCUUUGCUAUUUCGAUAAAAAAUCUGAGAAGCCUCUGACUUUGGCGGAAUGUUGUCGUAGUGAAAUCAUUGAUAGGAGGACCGGCAAGUUCCACGAGCCUUGUUCUGACGUUCAAAUCACUCUUUCCGAGGCCAUGAGCUUGGGUCUCAUCGUCGAUAUCGAAAGUGCAGGCUUCACUUUAUAUGACACGCUGGCUAUGAACUUAUACGACAUUACCGAUCACGUCUUUGUGCACCCCGUUACCGAAAGAAAAAUCUCCCUCAAAAACGCGAUAGGUGAAGAAUUAAUACACCCCGAAACUUCAUUGGUCAAAAAUAUUCCUACGAGCAAAUACAUCAAAUUAGAUGAAGCCAUUAAAUCAGGCAUUGUUGAUGAUAAUAAUAGCGUUUACGUUCUACCAAACGGAAAUCAAAUCAAUUUACUUGACGCUAAACACCGCGGUUUGGUAGUCACGGCUAAGAGGAACCUGAGCCUAGAGGAAAUCAUUAGGAACGGUCUGUUCAGGGCAGAUAAUGGUAAGAUUGUUGAUCCUGGCACCAAUGAAUUCAUGGAUAUUACGAAGGCUAUUGAAACAGGUCUGAUGAACCCAGAUCUAACUGUGGUCAAGGACAGCUACACUAACAAAUUCAAAUCGCUGCCCCUUGCAAUUCAACAGGGUGACGUAGACGUUACGAAAGGUAGGGUUCUUGACACUAAAGCCAAGAAGACAUAUAGCUUGGACAUAGCGUUCGAUAAGGGUCUACUUAUAACCAUUGUUCAACCAAUUACUUCUCAAACGGUCACAAAACGCCAUGUAACUGACUCGUCGGCUCCUAAAGAAGCCAUGCUUAGAGAAUUCACGUUAGACGAAGCUAUUAAGUACGAAUUCAUCGACCCCGAAACGGCUGUCAUUAAGGAUCCUCAUAAAAACAAAUACAUUCCAUUAAAAUUAGGUAUUACUGAAGGUAUAAUUGAUAAGAAUGCUAAGGGAUCCUUUGAUCCUCAAACCGGAAGGUCGCGUACGCUUUGCUUCGUAUUUGAAAACGGUCUGAUCGUGUACGUCCGCGAACCUUUAACGUUUGAGCAAGCGAUAGAAAACGGUCACCUGAACAUCACGGCAGCUCGCUUUACUGAUCCACAUUCCAAAGAAGUACUCACCAUCAAAGAUGCGGCCACGUUGGGCUAUAUCGAUCCGGACACAGCGCUAAUAAAAGAUAAUCUCAAGAAGAGGUUAGUAAAACUCCCUGAGGCAUUCCGUAAAGGCCUCAUGGACGCAGAAAAAGGCAAUAUUUUAGAUACAGAGACCUCUAAGCUAAACACGCUCCCAUCGGCUAUCGAGAGUGGUCUCCUUAUGACCCCGAAGAAAAGCUUCAGUUUGAUCGAAACACUAAACUUUGGCAUUUACAACCCGACCACAGGAGCGUUGAAUGACCCAUUCAUAACGACCAGUGUAAUAGAUAGAAAGAGAUUGAACUUAGGUGAGGCCAUCCAACAAGGCAUCGUCGAUGCUUCAAGCACUGUCGUCAAAGAACCUAACACAGGCAAGAUCUGUCCGUUAGUGCAAGCCAUUGAACAGAAAUUGGUCGAUCCCGUUGAAGGCAGACUAGUUAUUGAUCCAGCCAAAGCUAUCACAUUGGACUUAGUCAAAGCUCUAAAGAAGGGAUACCUACUGCCCGCAGAAACUAGGCAAGCAGUAGAGGAGAAGUACAGACUAUGCGACGAGACGCUGUCGAAGCUGUUGGAAUGGAUCGCGGUGGUGGAGGAGCGGCUCGCCAACCAGGAGGCCGUCAAGGAGGAUCUGGACGAGCUGCGCAACCAGAUCAAUAUUCUCAAGCUGAUCAAGGACGACCUGGAGAGUCACCAGCGCCAAGUAUCGGCGUGCGCGGAUCAGGCCAAGCAACUUCUCGUGUCCGGAGGCGACGUGCUGGCACCGCAUGAGGUGGCGGCACUGGAGCGCGGCGUGCGCCAGCUGAAGCAGCGGUGCGACAAGUGCUCCGACAAGUGCGACAAGAUGCUGCGGCGACUCGCCGCGGCGCGCGACGAGCUCGGCAAAUUCAAUAACGAGCUGAACACCUUCAACACUUGGAUGGAGGGCGCGUACCGCACGCUGGAGGACAAGGAGGCCGCGCUGUCCAAGCUGAAGAACCUGCCCGGGCAGAGCGAGGACGUGCGCGAGUUCGUGUCCGACGUGAUCGCGCACCAGGCCGACCUGCGCUUCAUCACCAUGGCCGCGCAGAAGUUCGUGGACGAGAGCAAGGAAUUCCUUACAAUUCUGAAUGACUACCGCACAUCGCUGCCCUCUCGCCUAUCGCACAUCCACCCGUCGGGCGACAGCGCGCUGCGAGAAGCUGCGGCUCUAGCCAGAAGAAGACACUCGGAGCUGGCGGCGCGCGCGCAGCGCCUGCAGGAGAGGCUGAGAGGUGCCGCUGACGUCACCAAGCAGUACCACGACGCGCUGGACCGCGCGCAGCGGUGGAUGAAGGAGGUGGAACCUCAAGCGCGCUCGGUGCUGUCAGAGCCCGUGGGCGGCGAGCCUCGCGCGGUAGAGACGCAGCUCGCACGCGCUAAGGCGCUGCACUCUGAGAUCUUAGCGCAAGGCCGCCUCGUCGACAAUGCUAAAGACGCAUGUGACCAGCUAGUAAAAUCCCUGGAAGGCAACCUGACACCAUCAGAGAUUCGCCAACUGGAAGUUCCGGUACUAGACCUGACGGCGCGCUACGCGGAGCUGACGGGCGCCGUCGGUUCCAGAUGUCAGGAGCUGGAGUCGGCGCUGCUGCAGUGCCAGGGGCUGCAGGACGCCGCCGAGACGCAGGCGCAGUGGCUGCAGCAGGCCGAGACCCUGUUCAAUACGCAAUCAAAACCGGCGUCCCUCAUCCGCGAGCGGCUCGACGAGCAAGUCCGCGAGCAGCGCAUCGCGCACGCGUCGCUGGAGGCGCGGCGCGCCACGCUCGCCAAGCUGCUCGGCCAGGUGCGCGACGCCGCCGCCAACCCCAGCAACGCCAGGAUCGCCAAGAAGCUGGAGCAGAGGGCGGAGGAUAUUUACAACAGAUACGAGAAGCUACUCGAGCGCUCUACGAAGCGCAACGAGUUCCUUGAAACCGUAUGGAGCGAGCUGUCUCACUUCACGCAGCUCGCCGGCAAGCUGGACGCCGCGCACGCGCAGCUGCUGGAGCAGGCCGACUCCAGGGAGCUGUCGAGGAUGAACGCCGUCGAGCUGCGCGCCAGGCUGAGCGACCUGGCGCACUUCAGGGAUGUACAAAUGCCGCUGCUGGACGAGUGCCUGCAACAAGGCAAGCAGCUCAUCUCCAAGAAGGACGUCACCGACACGCACGUCGUCCGUGACAGGAUGAAGCUGCUGGAGAACGCGUGGCGCGACUUUAACACGUCGCUGGAAGAGAAACAGAAGCUGUCCAAACAGCGCGCCGACCAGCUCAGCCAGUAUGAGACCCUUCGCGCGCAGGUGUUGGAGUGGCUCCAGUCGUUCGAGAACAGAGUCGGGCGCCUGCAGCCCGUGGCGCUCGACCUGGAGGUGCUCAAGCAGCAGGCCGACGAGCUGCGACCGCUGGCUAAGGAGUACCGCGACUACUCCAUCACUAUCGAUAAGGUGAACGAGGCCGGUGCGGUGUAUGAAGCCCUGACACGUGGCGACCGCGUGGACAGCCCGCACCGCAAGAGGCAGCUCUACAGCCCCACCAAGCGACAGACGCCAGUACGCACACUGGACGGUCGCUCGCCCUCUCCGACCAAGGGCCACGGGCUGGUGAGCCCGGGCUCCACGCACUCCACGUCGAGCGGCUUCUCAUCUCGCCGCUCGUCCAGCGACCAGCUACAUCUUGAAGAACUGUCGCCGGUACAACAACAGCUGUCAGAGAUCAACAACCGCUACAGCCUGCUCGGAACUAAGCUGGCCGACCGCCAGGGCGAGCUCGACGCAGUCCGUGAAGAGCUGAGACGCCACGAGGACACUAUCCGCAACACGCAUCACUUCCUAGACAAGGUCCAGCGGCAACUGCCAAAGGAUUGCGUCCCCAACACCAAGGAAGAAGCCGAUAAGACCAUCAAGCAAGCCCGCGCCGUGCUCGAAGAGAUGUACGAGAAACAGAGCGCGCUGGAUUCCGCCAAGACUCAGGUCCGCGAGCUGCUGAAGCGCAAGCAAGGCGUGGCGGGCGCCGACCGGCUGCACGACGCCAUGGAGGACGUCGUGUCGCGCUGGAAGAGCCUGCACGACGCCUGCAAGGACAAGAUCCGCCUAAUGGAGGAAGUGAAGGACUUCCAAGACACGCACAGCAACCUGUCGUCGUGGCUGCUGUCCAAGGAUCGCAUGAUGACGGCACUGGGACCCAUCUCCUCAGACUCACGCAUGGUGCAGACGCAAGUGCAGCAGGUGCAAGUGCUCCGCGAAGAGUUCCGCACGCAGCAGCCGCAGCUGUCCCACCUGGAGCAGGUGGCGGCCGGCGUGCUGGAGCGCCUCGAGCCGCGCUCGCCCGACGCGGAGAAGCUGCGCACCAAGCUCAAGGACCUGCAGGACCGCUGGAACGAUCUGCUCAACAAACUGGAGCAGCGUGCGUCAAGCCUGGGUGCGGCAGCGGACACGUCGCGCGAGUUCGACGCCGGGCUGACGCGCCUGCGCGACGCGCUGCAGACCAUCGGCGACAAGCUCGACGACCUCGCCAUGGAGAAGGAGCCCGAGGACCAGCUUAGGAAGAUCGAGAACCUCGAGCGCCAACUGGAAGGCCAACGCCCGCUGCUGGCCGACCUGGAGGCGGCGGGCGAGGCGCUGGCCGACGUGCUGUCCGACCCGGCCUCGCGCCAGGACAUACAGAGCAAGCUGGCCGCCGUCGGCCGUCAGUACGACAACCUGCAAAGGAAGCUGGACCACAGGAAGGCGGAGAUAGAGGCGGCGCUCAAGGACGGGCGCAACUUGGAGGAGAACGUGUCCCGCACGCUGGGCUGGCUGCAGUCCGAGCUGGGCUCGCUCCCCGGCAAGCUGCAGGUCUCCGCCGACAAGCACAAGCUGCAGCAGCAGCUGGAGCGCCACGAGCCGCUGUACCGCGAGGUCACGCAGCGCGAGCACGAGCUCAUCAUGCUGCUCGACAAAGGUCGUGAGAUGGAGAAGAAGCCCGCUCACCAAGGCCUACGCAAGGACCUGGACCGCGUGCAGGCACAGUGGGAGAAACUCAAGCGGGAGACCCACGACCGACACACACGUCUACAGGCCGCUAUGGAGCACUGCCGCAAAUUCUCAAAGGCGCAAGAGAACUUCCUCCCCUGGAUCUCGGAGGCGGAGGAGCGAGUGAGCAAGCUGCCGCCCGCCGUGUUCAACAAGCGGGACGUGGAGAAGCAGCUGCGGGAGCUCCAGAGCAUUAGGAACGACAUUUGGAAAAGGUCUGGUGAAUACGAGAACAAUAAGACCCUCGGCGAGACAUUCAUCUCAGCCUGCGAUGUGGACCAGGACAUCGUGCGAUCUCAGCUCGACAGCAUGAAGCAGCGGUGGGACCACCUCAACAACGAGGUCCUUCAACAAGUGGAAUUCCUGGAGUCGACCGCGCGCAAGCUCGGCGACUUCCAGGAGCGCGUGCGAGCGGUGGAGACGCCCCUGCAGCGCUGCGAGGAGCGGCUGCAGGACGCGCUGGCCGCGCCGCCCGCGCACGCCGCCGAGGCCGUCGCGCGCGUCGCCGACACCGUGCAGGCGCUGCGCGCGCCGCUGCAGAGCGUAAACUCGGCAGUAGACGACAUCGUGACGAUGGCGCACGAGAUGGCCGGGCCGGACGCGGCCGGGCGCGCGCGGCAGGUGCUGGACGCGACGGCGGGCGCGCUGGCCGAGCGGCUGGACGAGCUGGACGCGAGGGCUGGAGACGCCCGAGACAGGCUCGCUGGCGCUGCUAGCGCUAUGACGCACUUCCAGGAGAAAGUCAAGAGCCUAUCGGCUGACCUCUCAGACUUAGAAAAGGAACUCGACACGAUGAAACCGCCCGGCCGCGACAUCAAGACCGUCCGCCAGCAGCUGGACGACAUCACGCGCUUCUACAAGCGACUGGAGCGAGCGGACGACGUGGUGGCCGACGUUGAACGUGCGGCUGAAGGAUUGGUCGACAGUGGGUACGCGGGUGACGCCGCCAAGACUAGAGACCAGGUUGAAGGUCUCCGUAAACAACUGGGCAAGUUGGACGAGCGUGCCCGCGCCCGCGAGCAGGACCUCGACGACACACUUAGCAAGCUGGAGGCCUUUUACAAGGCCUACGACUCCGUCAUGGACGACGUUCAGGAAGCCUCCGAGCAAGUCCGCAGCCUCAAGCCCGUGUCCUCCGAAGUGGAGCAGAUCCGCGCGCAGCAGAAGGACUUCGCGGAGCUGCGGCGCCGCACGCUGGAGCCGCUCGGGCAGAACGUGGCGCACUGCAACAAGAUCGGCCAGGGCCUGGUGCGCUCCGCGCUCGCCGCCGUCUCCACGCACCAGCUCGAGCAGGACCUCGAGAAGAUGAACGACAAGUGGAACGCGCUCAAGGAGAAGAUGAACGAGCGCGAGCGCCGCCUGGACGUGGGUCUGCUGCAGUCGGGCAAGUUCGCCGAGGCGCUGGCCGGCCUCGACAAGUGGCUGUCCGACACCGAGGACAUGGUGCGCAACCAGAAACCGCCCUCCGCCGACUACAAGGUCGUCAAGGCGCAGCUGCAGGAGCAGAAGUUCCUGAAGAAGAUGCUGAUGGACCGUCAGAACAGCAUGUCGUCGCUGUUCGCGAUGGGCAACGAGGUGGCGGCCGGCUGCGACAGCGGCGAGCGCAAGGCCAUCGAGAAGCAGCUCAAGGGGCUCAUGCAGCGCUUCGACGCGCUCACCGACGGCGCGCAGCAGCGCAUGCUCGACCUCGAGCAGGCUAUGAAGGUUGCAAAACAAUUCCAAGAAGAACUGCAGCCCCUAGUGGAGUGGCUGACCAGCACCGAGCGCAAGGUCAAGGCGUUGGAGCUCGUGCCCACCGAUGAGGAGAAGAUCCAAGUCAAGAUCAGAGAGCACAAGGCGUUGCACGACGACGUGCUAUCGAAGCAGGGCGCCUUCCAACAACUCACGGAGACAGCAUCGGCGCUGAUGGCGCUCGUCGGCGACGACGAGGCGGCCGCGCUGGCUGACCGCCUGCAAGCUGCCACUGACAGAUACCAAGCCCUGGUGGAGCACAGCCUGAACAUCGGCGAGCUGCUGGACAACUCGCGCAAGGGGCUCCGGCACCUGGUGCUCACGUACCAGGACCUGUCGGCCUGGAUGGACGGCAUGGAGCAGUACCUCGCCAAGAGGAAGGUGUUACCAGUACACAUGGAGAAGCUGCUGCGGCAGAUGGACGAGUUAGCCGAAAAAACCGAAGAGAUAGCCUCCAAGCAAGAGGCCGUAGACAGCACCGUGGACUCCGGCCUCGAGCUGAUGAAGCACAUCUCCGGCGACGAGGCGCUGCAGCUCAAGGACAAGCUGGACGCGCUGCAGCGACGAUACAACGACCUCACCAGCAAGGGCGCCGACCUGCUGCGCAUAGCCUCGGAGACGCUGCCGCUUGUGCAGCAGUUCUUCAAUGCCCAUAACAGCUUGACGGAAUGGAUGUCUGGCGCGGAAUCGUGUCUGCAGUCCGUGGAGCCGCGCGAGGAAGACAUCUUACGCCUCGAAGGCGACUUACAAGAGUUCCGUCCGCUGCUCGACAACAUCAACUUGCUGGGGCCGCAGCUGUGCCAGAUCUCACCGGGAGAGGGCGCCACGCAUGUGGAGGGCAUCGUCACCCGCGACAACCGCCGCUUCGAUGCUAUUGCCGAGCAGGUGCAGCGCAAGGCCGAACGGCUACUGCUCAGCAAGAAGCGCUCCCUGGAAGUGGUGGGCGACAUGGAGGAGCUGCUGGAGUGGCUGCGCACCGUGUUCGCGCAGCUGCGGGACGCGGAGCCGCCGUCCAGCCAGCCGGCGCUGGUGCGCGCGCAGCUCAAGGCGCAGCGCCCGCUCAACGACGACGUGGCCGCGCAGCGGGUGCGAGUGCGCGACCUGCUCUCGCAGGCCAAGAAGGUGCUCCGCGAGUGUCAAUCAUCAGAGGAGACGGCCGUGAUCCGCGACCGCAGCGAGGAGCUGAAGGAGAUGAUGGAGGAGGUGGGGCAGCUCAGCGCCGAGCGCCUCGCCGCGCUCGAGCAGGCCUUGCCUCUGGCCGAGCACUUCGCCGACACGCACCACGGACUGUCGAUUUGGCUGGACGACAUGGAGAAACAAAUCCAGAUGCUGGCCAUGCCGGCGCUGCGCCCCGAGCAGAUCGCGCAGCAGCAAGACAAGAACGAGAUGCUGCAACAGUCGAUCCUGGGGCACAAGCCGCUCGUGGACAAGCUGGUGAAGACCGGCGAGGCGCUGGCGCGGCUGGUGGGCGAGGAGGACGCCAUCAAGGUGCAGGACGUGGUGGAGGCCGACUGCGAGCGCUACAACGCGCUGCGCGCCGAGCUGCGCACCCGCCAGCAGGCGCUCGAGCAGGCACUGCAAGAGUCAUCGCAGUUCUCAGAUAAACUGGAGGGUAUGCUGCGCGCGUUGGCCGGUACUCAAGACCAACUGCAACGCGCCGAGCCCGUUUCUGCGCACCCGCCCAAGAUAGAAGACCAAAUCGAGGAGAACAACGCCUUGAUCGAAGACCUCGAGAAGCGUACCGAGGCAUACAACGCGGUGCAGCGCGCCGCCUCCGACGUGAUCAGCAAAGCCAACAAGAGCGACCCCGCCGUGCGCGACAUCCGCAACAAGCUCGACAAGCUGCACAAACUAUGGGACGAAGUACAAAAGGCGACGUCGGACCGCGGGCACUCGCUGGACAGCGCGCUGGAGGUGGCGCGCAAGUUCUGGCAGCAGCUGGACGCGCUGAUGGCCACGCUGGCCGAGCUGGAGGACACGCUCACGGCGCAGCCGCCGCCCGCCGCGCAGCCGCGCGCCAUCCAGGCGCAGCAGGUCGCGCUGCAGGAGAUCCGACACGAGAUCGACCACACCAAGCCAGAGGUGGAGAAAGUCCGCAAGACUGGCUCACACCUGAUGUCGCUGUGCGGCGAGCCGGACAAGCCCGAGGUGAAGAAGCACAUGGAGGACCUGGACAGCGCGUGGGACAACGUCACCGCGCUCUACGCGCGCCGCGAGGAGAACCUCAUCGACGCCAUGGAGAAGGCCAUGGAGUUCCACGACACGCUGCAGAAUCUGCAAGAAUUCCUGGACAAGGCAGAAGACAAGUUCUCCCGCAUGGGGGCGCUCGGCUCCGACAUCGACGCCGUGAAGCGGCAGAUCUCACAGCUGGCCUCGUUCAAGCAGGAGGUCGACCCGCACAUGGUGAAGGUCGAGGCCCUCAACAGGCAAGCUCAAGAGCUGACGGAGCGCACAUCAUCCGAGCAAGCCGCCGCCAUCAAGCAGCCGCUGACGGAAGUGAACACGCGCUGGUCUGCGCUGCUGCGCGGCAUGGUGGAGCGCCAGCAGCAGCUGGAGCGCGCGCUGCUGCGCCUCGGCCAGCUGCAGCACGCGCUCAGGGAGCUGCUCGCCUGGAUCAACCACACCAGCGACACGCUCGACACGCUCAAGCCGGUGGCCGGAGACCCUCAGAUCCUGGAAGUGGAGCUGGCGAAGCUGAAGGUGCUGGUGAACGACAUCGCGGCGCACCAGGCGUCCGUGGACACGCUCAACGAGGCGGGCGCGCAGAUCGUGCAGCAGGGUACGGGCACGGACGAGGCGAGCGAGACGGCGGAGAAGCUGAACACGCUGAACCGCAAGUGGCGCGAGCUGCAGAAGAAGGCGCGCGACCGCCAGGCCGAGCUCGAGGACGCGCUCAGGGAAGCGCAGAGCUUCAACGCGGAGAUCGGCGACCUGCUGUCCUGGCUGUCGGAGGUGGACGGUGUCAUCGCCGCCUCCAAGCCCGUCGGCGGUCUGCCCGAGACCGCCUCGGAACAGCUCGAGAGGUUCAUGGAGGUGUACAACGAGAUCGAAGCCAACCGUCCGAAGGUGGAGGCGGUACUGCAACAGGGCCAGGAGUACCUGCGUCGGCAGGAGAAGCCCAACCCCUCCAGCCAACUGCAUCAAAACCUCAAGAACCUCAAGUCGCGAUGGGACAAUAUCACUGCCAGAGCAUCGGACAAGAAGAUCAAGCUGGAGAUCGCGCUGAAGGAGGCGACGGAGUUCCACGACGCGCUGCAGGCGUUCGUCGACUGGCUCACCGGCGCCGAGAAGACCCUCACCUCCGCCAAGCCCGUGUCCAGGGUCAUGGAGACCUUGCUAGUUCAAAUCGAGGAGCACAAAUCGUUCCAAAAGGAAGUAGCGACGCACCGCGAGACCAUGCUGCACCUGGACAAGAAGGGCACGCACCUGAAGUACUUCAGCCAGAAGCAGGACGUGAUCCUGAUCAAGAACCUGCUGGUGUCCGUGCAGCACCGCUGGGAGCGCGUCGUGGCCAAGUGCGCCGAGCGCACCCGCGCGCUCGACCACGGCGUCAAGGAGGCCAAGGAGUUCAGCGACAUGUGGAACAACCUGAUGAACUGGCUCAACGAUACCGACAAACAGCUAGACGAGCUCAACUCCGAGACCACCGUCAACGACCCGGAGAAGAUCAAACAAAGACUGUCGAAGCACCGCGACUUCCAAAAGGCGCUGGCGGCCAAGCAGCCCGUGUACGACCAGACGCAGAAGGUCGGCAAGACGCUCAAGGACAAGGCGCCCAAGACCGACGAGCCGACAUUACGCACCAUGCUGCAGGACCUCAAGACCAAGUGGACCACCGUCUGCUCGAAGGCCGUCGACCGACAACGCAAGCUGGAAGAGGCGCUGCUGUACUCCGGACAGUUCAAGGACGCGAUGUCUGCGCUGCUGGAGUGGCUCAAGAAGCAGCAGUCCAAGCUGGCCGGCGACUCGCCCGUGCACGGAGACCUCGACACCGUCAUGGCGCUCAUUGAACAGCACAAGCAAUUCGAGGAAGACUUCCACUCUCGCGAACAACAAAUGCAGUCUGUUCUGAAGACCGGCAAAGAUCUAGAAGCCACGGUGCCGCGCGAGGACGCGAGCAGCAUCCGUCAACAGUGCAGCGAACUGAAGCAGGCUUGGGACUCCGUCCAGAGCUUAAGCGAGAAGAAAGCACACAGACUAGAAUCUGCACUCAAGGAGGCUGAAAAACUCCACAAAUCCGUGAACAUGCUUCUCGAAUGGCUCUCCGACGCGGAGACCAAACUGCGCUUCUCCGGACAACUGCCGGAAGGCGACCAGGAGACCCAACAACAAAUACGAGACCACGAGAAGUUCAUCCGUGAACUCAAGGAGAAGCAGCGCGACAAGGACGACACCAUAAAGCUGGCUCAGUCUAUCUUGGGCAAGGCGCAUCCUGACGCGGUGACGGUCAUCAAACACUGGAUCACCAUCAUACAGAGCCGGUGGGAUGAGGUGUGGCAAUGGGCGAUGCAGCGUGGCGGCAAGCUGGAGGCGCACAUGCAGGGCCUCAAGGACCUGGACUCCGUGCUGGAGGAGCUGCUGCAGUGGCUCAUGGGACUCGAGAACACCCUGCUUUCACUGGAAGCGGAGCCCCUACCGGAAUCCAUCGAGCUGCUGGAGGGCCUCAUCGAGGACCACAAGGAACUCAUGGAGCACACGCAGAAGAGACAGAACGAGGUUGAUCGCGUCUGCAAGGCCUACCAGGUCAAGAGUCAAAGCCAAGGAAGGGAGUCGACACCACGCAAAGUUUCGGCGAAGUCCGCUGUCAAGGGUGCACCUGGACGCGGAUCGCAGCACGACCUGAACAGGGAACGAUCGGUGUCUCCCGACUAUUAUGGCUCUAGGCGGUACAGCAGUCGCGUGAGCCCGGGCCGCGAGACGCCCGACCGCAACCUGCCGCACUACGGGCCGCGGUUCCCGCCGAGGGGCAGCAAGGGCGCCGAGCCGGAGUUCCGUUCGCCGCGCGUGCGUCAGCUGUGGGACAAGUGGCGCACCGUGUGGCUGCUGGCGUGGGAGCGCCAGCGCCGUCUGCACGAGCGCCUCGCGCACCUCAAGGAGCUGCAGCGCGUCUCCAACUUCAGUUGGGACGACUGGAGGAAGAGGUUCCUGAAGUUCAUGAACCACAAGAAGUCCCGUCUGACGGACCUGUUCCGCAAGAUGGACAAGGACAACAACGGCUUCAUCCCGCGCAACGAGUUCAUCGACGGCAUCAUCAACACCAAAUUCGACACGUCCCGCCUGGAGAUGGGCGCCGUGGCCGACCUGUUCGACAGGAACGGCAGCGGACUCAUCGACUGGGAGGAGUUCAUCGCGGCGCUCCGGCCCGACUGGGUGGAGCGACGCGGGCCGCCGACGGACGCCGACAAGAUACACGACGAGGUGAAGCGGCUGGUGAUGCUGUGCACGUGCCGGCAGAAGUUCCGCGUCUUCCAGGUCGGCGAGGGCAAAUACCGGUUCGGCGACUCCCAAAAGCUGCGGCUGGUGCGCAUCCUGCGCUCCACCGUGAUGGUGCGCGUGGGCGGCGGCUGGGUGGCGCUCGACGAGUUCCUCGUCAAGAACGACCCGUGCCGAGCUGAGGAGUUUUUGGAGCAGCUGAAGCCUAUAUUUGAGGCAUUAAGGCAGCGAGAAGAGCUUCCGUGUUCAUACCCGCUGCACGUCGGUUCCACGCACGGCACAAAGCAGGCCUUCAUAUACGGCCACUCAAGAUCUCAGGGCUCGACGACGCCGGGUGCGCAUCACUACACGCAUUACCACGGCUACCAACCCUCUCCAGGAUACCACUGGGUGCGCGAACGUACGGCGCGCUCGGUGCCCAUGUCGGGCGGAGUGCAAGGACGUGCCUCGCGUUCAUCACUUAGCGCUGGAACGCCCGACUCCCUCAGCGAUAACGAAGUCGCCAGUGGACUCGGCGCAAGAUAUAGGAAGCCCAGUGUGCCAAGAUCAACAUUGACUCCUGGAGGUUCACGGCCAGGUUCUAGACCAGGAUCGAGGACAGGUUCCAAGCCUCCUUCGAGACAUGGCUCUAAUCUCUCAUUAGAUAGUACAGAUGAAGUAUUAACGCCUUCCCGCAUACCGAUGCGCAAAGUGACGAACACGCGCACAUCGACGGCGCGCGCGGCGGCCAACGCGGCCAAGCUCGGCGCCGGCGCGGCCACGCUCACGCCCAACGGCGGCUCCCGGCCCCGCACUCCCACCGGCCUCCUCACGCCAGCUAGUGGAAGGUACCCUAGCGGAGCGAUGUACCGCACGUCCAGUAUACCAACACUGUCGCCGGUGUCGGCGCUCGUGAGCUCGACACAUUCCCAACCAUCCUCAAUGGUUUCCGAACUUCCCAAAUCUACGUCUCACACUCAUCCCGCAUUCCAUACCCAGGGCUCUACAAAAAUCCCAGUGUACGUGGGCACCCGAUCACAGAGGUCCCCGUCAGUCGAGAGACGACUAAAAGUAUCUCGAAAAUCCCAAUCCCGAGAAAUGUCCCAGGAACCCAGUCCUACCUCUCAAGACCCUUCGAGGAAAUCCGAGCAGAGAAGUCCGGAGGAUGACUCCUCGUUAUUCAGCAUAUCGGGAAUGACGAGCGACAAUGAAUAUGAGAGUAACAUAAGCGAGUCGAGUGGCGAUGCAUCAAAGCCGACCCAGCGAGACAUCAAAGGGAGCGGGUCCUUUGCCUCGACCGAUGGCCACACCCACACUCCCGGCCGCAGCCGUAUACCAGUGCUUAAGGAUCACAAUACUAACAGUAAUUCCAAUAGGCAAAGGACACCAUCCGGCAGCACGACGCCAGUGCGGCCGGGGCAGCAGACGGCGGUGUCGCGGUUGUUGCGGAAGGCGUCGGACGCGUCCGACAGCGGAGCGCCUGCCAGUAGUGCCAGUGCCGCGCCCGCGCCCGCGCCGGGCUCUCGCCGCGGCACGCACGCAUCUUCGAGAACGAUCGAGAAGCGCGAGCCUUUCAGGUUGUAGACGAUUUAAGGACGAUAUUAAAAUAAUACUUACCGCUCUAAUUACACUGCUAAAGAAAAAAUAUCUUCCGAAGAUAUUUUUUUCCUUAUAGUGAAGUUUGCGGAUAAUAGUUACCUGUGUGGUGAGAGUCGCUUUGACUUGUGAUAUUACGUAUUCACGAUUUUUCUUUCUUCGCUUGAUUGUAUUUGAUGUCUAGGCCAAAUAUAUGUAAAUUUAUUCCAUCUUUUAAAAAAUCUAUUUGAGUCGUUGCGACUGUCAUGAGCAUAGAGAAUGUUAUAAUUAAUACUAACCGAGAAUUAACCGAUUCGCGAAUUAAGCAAAGCUUAAUUUUAUAAAAGAACGAAUUUGCGAAUGUGGCUUUUUAGUUAAGUAAAAGUUAAUAGAUGGUAGUAGUAAAACGUAAAGUCUGCACUUGUUGCCUUGUAUACUUAUUUUUUUCUACAAUCUGUGCAGUUUUGUGCACAUUGGAUUACUUUAUUUAUUUUGUGAUGUCAGUAUUCUCCAGUUAACUCUUGCUGUGUCUUAGCAAGAUAUUAUUUCUUUAUCAAUGUGAAUAUUCCCCCCUUUCUCUUAUUUAUUGUCAACGUUGCCAUAUGUUAGUGUAUGUUUUGUAUGUAAAAUACGUAUUACGGUCUCUCUAUUGAGACUGGCUGGACGGAAAAGUGUGAUUUUGUAACCUUUUUGUAAUAUUGUUUUUCUUUUAGGGACCAUUUUGUAAACGAACUAUUGAGUAUGUAAUGCCGGGCCAGCGUUUGUAUUGGUCAAAUUCACGCGCGUCGUUAACGCCAGACUUCGUGUGUUGAUAGCCCAAUAACAAAUGUUGGCCAGUCAUUUGUUAAGGUGAUAAAUAGUCGUUGAGUGAUUAAUUUUGUAUGCACAAUCAUGUCUUUAUUAUUUCACUUUUAAUUCUUUUGUGUUCACUUUUAUUGGUAUGAAUGAUUUCAUGGUUAUCAUUUGAUAUCAUAUGAUGUACACAUUAUGUACAUGUUAUUAUAUUUAUACGGUGAUAUUGCACAAUUACUUGUUAUAACGGGAAUAAAGUGUUAUUUGGUUAACAAAGAUCAUGAAGUGCACACUGCUAUCGCCAAAGCGGUGUGCCUUUUAUGUGUAAAAUAUCUGCUCAUGAAAAUAAUUCCAAACGGACUUUUAUGUUUAAGAGAUUUAACAAAAGUACACGUUGUCGCAAAAAGACAUUACUUCUAAAUGCUAAGAAUAACUUUGAUGUAUGAAAUGUAAUGCUUUAAAAUGUAACCUUCCUUCAUUUUAUAAAAAAAAUGUUAACCAACACUCACACUUAUAUUUGUUAAUUUUUAUCUUAAAUCUGACUCUACAGUUAAGUCUUUAUUAUUAGUUAUUAAACUAUUAAUCUGGUCAUUUUUAUUUAAAUCAUUGUUAUAUUUGUUAAAUGUAAAAUCAAAGCAACUAAAAAGUUUGCAAUAUUUUUUGUAUAAAAUAAAUAAUGAUUCUGAAGAGCUACAGUGUUUAAAAUCUCAUUUUUGAUUUCAAAAUAUAAAAUAAUAACAAAUAA